AUGGAGCGGAUGUCUGAGGAGGCGUUGAGGCUGAACCUGCUGAAGCGGGGUCUGGAGGCACAAGAUGAGCGGGACGAGUCUCUGGCCAAGCGCCUGAAGAUGGAGGGUCACGAGGCCAUGGAGAGGCUUAAGAUGCUUGCCCUCCUUAAACGCAAGGAUCUGGUCGCUUUGGAGGGGGCAGCGGUUGCAGCAGCCAUGGCAGAGGGCAAAGGCCCCGGGGGCAGCCAGGGGCUGAUGGGAGCUGUGGCCUACGAGGAGAAGAUGAAUGGAAAUUUGAGAGUCGGGGGCCAUGGAGGUCCCAGUAAGAAUGGGAAGGAAAACAUAGUGGAGGAGCCAGUGGACAUGAGUGCCAGAAGGAGUGAAAUAGUUCGGGAGCGACGCACUCCAUCGCCAGACGUUAUCAUUUUAUCAGACAACGAGGCGUCCAGCCCCCGGAGCACGCCUCACCCUGAGGAGAAACGGCAUCAGGCCAACCUGGAGAUGUUUAAGGGGAAGACUGGCGACGAGCGGCAGCAGAUGAUCAAAGCUCUCCGAGAGGAGCUCAGGCUGGAGGAGGCCAAGCUGGUGCUCCUGAAGAAACUGAGACAGAGUCAGAUGCAGAAGGAGAACGUGGUGCAAAAGGUGCCGGUGGUCCAGAAUGCCCCAUCAUCAGUGCAGCCGUCACCCAUGCACAGCUCUCAGGGGCUCGGGAAACUAACUGUGCGGCCUGGCAUGCACUCAUCUGAGCCUCAGAGCCUGCGCACUGCACAGGGCCACACAGUAAUCAGGUCUGCUGUCAAUGCAUCUUUGCCCCCAAUGAUGAUGUCACAACGGGUUAUUGCACCCAAUCCUGCCCAGCUUCAGGGUCAGAGAAUGCCCUCCAAGCUGGGCAUGGGCCGCUCCUCCACAGGUGGUUUGGGUAACACAAUAAGCUAUCAGCAGGCUGCCAGCCAGCAGGUGGGGGUCUCGCAGCGUUCAGGCUCGUCCUCAGCUAUCUACAUGAACCUGGCACACAUGCAGGCAGCGGGAGCAGCUGGUGUGGCUGGCGUCGGGGUGGGAGUGAGUGGGGUUGGUGCUGUCAGCCCCUCUACCCUUUCCAGUGCCUCCAGUGUCGCUUCUCUGAAUGACCAGGCCAGCAGCCAAGCAGCCGCUAAACUGGCCCUCCGCAAGCAGCUGGAGAAGACCCUGCUGGAGAUACCUCCACCUAAACCUCCAGCGCCCCUGCUGCACUUCCUGCCUUCUGCUGCCAACUCUGAGUUCAUCUACAUGGUGGGGUUGGAGGAGGUCGUGCAGAGCGUCAUUGAUAGUCAGGGUAAAAUGCGGGGGUCACUGCCACACAUGGAGCCGUUCUUCUGUGCCCAGUGCAGGACUGACUUCACCCCUCACUGGAAGCAGGAGAAAAGUGGUCGCAUCCUCUGUGAGCAGUGCAUGACGUCCAAUCAGAAGAAGGCCUUGAAGGCUGAGCACACCAAUAGGCUCAAGAAUGCUUUCGUUAAGGCUCUGCAGCAAGAACAGGAAAUAGAGCAGAGGUUGCAGCAGCAGGCUGCUCUGUCCCCCAGCUCCGCCCAGACUGUGCCCAACGUGAGCAAAGGGGAGACCAUGAUCCGACACCAUGCCCUCCGACAGACUCCCCAGCCACAGGCUGCUCUACAGCGGAGUCUGUCCAGCUCAGCACGAGGUGUCCUCUCUAACUUUGCCCAGGCCUCCCAGCUCUCAGUGGCCAGUGGGCUGCUGGAUAUGACAAGCAAGCGCUGUGGCAGCAGCAGUUCCAGCAGCAGCAGUCGGGCUCAGCAUGACAGCCGCAGACAGAUCUACAACAUCCCUGGUCUGAAUAUUGCUUAUCUAAAUCCGGGAGCCAUUGGGGGCCACAAGGCAUCCAGCCUAGCGGACCGUCAGCGGGAGUAUCUGCUCGACAUGAUUCCUCCACGCUCCAUAUCCCAGUCCAUCACCGGGCAGAAAUGAGCCCUGAUGGGACUGCAGAUCCCCCUUUCGGACGCCCCACCACCCCUCUGUUCUACAUCAGAACAUCCCCCACCCAUCAACACAUACACACGCACACCAUCACCCCAUCGCAUGCAGUGCCUGUCCGUGUGCCUACCCAACUAACCCAUAAGAACAGCUCAAUCAGUCAGACUAUAAACACCAGACUGUCAGUGCAUCUCAAACUUCGGUUUCCUACUAUAGCAAAGCUCUUUAUUGUUAUCUCAACUUAUUAUUGCUGUCGUUAAUGCUACUUCUAUUAUUAUCACAGUUACUAUUAUUAGUAUUAUUGUUGCUUCUGUUACAGUUACUCUUAUUACACUUAUUAGUAGGUUUAGUGGUUUUUUGCAUCUUUUUAUGUUCUUACCCAUAUGUUUUUCUUUACAGAGGGAGGAUGCCAGAUUGCAGGGUCACUUAAAAAUAUAAAAGCUUGUUUUUUUUUUUUUGGUUCGUUUGAAGGCUUCCUCCCUCAGUCACCCCUGUAAAAUUAGACUCAUUCUCUCUCAUGUCGUAUAUGUUCAGUUUCGGAGUUGGAAUGGUUAAAGCGUUCUUACCUGAGAUCGAGAGAGCAGAAUCUUUGUAGCGUUACACAUUCGGAAACUACAAAGUCCUCCAAGAACCUUCUGGUUCAGAAAGAGCGAGACAGACUCGUGUACGUUGAUCAGAUUGAUCCUUAUGCAGAGCGCUGCUCAUCUAGUCAACGUUGGUUCUGCCUUGAGAAGGCCACACAGAUACGUUAACAGCUGAAAAUAGGACCUGCACUAGCACGGAUGAGUCUCCUGCUGUCGAAUGUACAGAAAGAAACUGUCAAAUUGGAGGCUCUUUACUUGUGCGUAUGCGCCCAUGAACAGGAUCUCUCCCAUGUCUCUCAAUGCCUUCACAUUCACAGGAUGCAGUGAUUUCAUACAACUUCUUUUGUGGUGACGGUGCGUUUCACUGCACAGCAAAGAAUGAAGCCAGAGAGUUCCAUCAUCAUGAACUUUGUCUCCUUUUUGAUUUUUGUUUCUGCUUGGGUGUUUUUUGAUCAUUUCUUUAACCCCCCCACCCCUUCCCUGUCUUUACGGUUUUGUUCUUUUUAUUUUAAUCGUGCGGCGUCUCCAUCUGAAAUGGCCACGUAUCUUAAAGGUACCUGCCAAGGGAGACGAUAAUCAUUGAAAUGGCAAAUAGGUGGAAUUGUUGGAAAAGUGGUUUAUGCGUAGAUUGUUAACGUGAGUUUUAACAGAAGGCAUUGACAAGGAUCAAUCAUAGUGUUAAAGCAAUGCACAUGAGAUGCCUCGUUAUGGAGGAGCACUUUUCUUCUUAAUAACUGAAAAAAAAUGGUUAAACAAAAGAGGACAAGAAUGUUUCGGCGCACAGGAUCUUAAGCUAUGGAUGCCAUCGGAUGUC